UGGAAGAGAUUAAAUGCGUCAAUUUGGACUCGUCUAUUCAUCCUCACCUCGAUAAUUCAAGCAAUAAUUGGUAUAUUCCUUGAAGUUAGAGUGCUCAUUCGAAACAAUGAAAUCCGAUUAAAAAUUGCAAGUCCUACUUCUUCUGAUUGUGAUGUUUCUUCGUCUAUGCGAAGGAUGGAUAGGAUUGAGGGAGAGAAUGGUGUCUUUAUCAUUUUCCAAGGAUUUCAAAUGUGGUUAUGUAUGAACACGAUAUUUAAAAAAGACACGAUCCAAUUAAUCGUCAUUACGGUGUUGAAUUUCAUCUGUUCCGCAUACAGCAUUGUCCAAAUAUCAGAAAUUAGAAUCUGGCGCAAUAAUUUGUGUCAAGGAAUAAACAUAUCAGAUCCUGAAAUACUUCGAUACGAUCUCCCACUUGUGAUCUUCUUAAUGACUUUCGCCACCAUAAUGGGAUUUUUAUGUUAUAAAUUAUAUGGAGAUUUUGGUUGGAUCAUUUAUCGAAGGAUACGAGGGAAUCCUGUGAUAAGGAGGAUCUAUAGAACUUAUCUAAUUUUCGUCAUACUCCUGAAACUUGAUGUAUUCUUCUUGUUGGUGCUCGCCGUUGAAUCUUGGAUAAUAUUUUCGGCCGAUCAAUUUUCCAUCAAAAGCGAAUUUAGUUAUGUACCUGAAAGCUACUCCAUAUUUCACUACGUGGUAACCUCGUUAAUUGGUUUUCUACUGGUUCUCGCGUUCUGCUCUACAAAGAAAGAAUGGAAAAUUGGGAUGUACGCCUUCAGUGCACUUUGGAUAGCGGUCAUUAUUGAUUUUGCGCUUAUCCUACGAUAUUCCUUUACCGAGGACACUUGGUAUUUCUUUAUCGCCUUUCUACUUGUUGCCAUUUUAUUAGCAACGACGACAUGGGUGUGGGGAAUAUUUGUGCUACAAAAUUUUGACCGGGGGCUGAAAGAUGUUUUCAACAGGGCUCCAGACAAUCCGGGUGCUGGCCAAGAUCCUAUUGAUGAUGAUGAUGAAGAAGGUGGCGGUAGUAAUGUUAUUUUGAAUUGA